AGUUGGAGAAAGACAAUGUCGAUCGGCGAGAGGUCGGUUACAGAGGCGGCCGGGAGCGUCAGCAGAAUGGCACAACAGAAGAACCUUGAGGGGUAUGUGGGAUUUGCAAAUCUCCCCAACCAAGUGUACAGAAAGUCUGUGAAGAGGGGCUUCGAGUUCACUCUCAUGGUCGUCGGAGAAUCAGGUUUGGGGAAGUCUACGCUCAUCAACUCCCUGUUUCUGACAGACUUGUAUUCUCCGGAGUAUCCCGGACCCUCUAACAGAAUCAAGAAAACCGUUCAGGUGGAGCAGUCCAAGGUGCUGAUUAAAGAGGGUGGAGUUCAGCUGCUGCUCACCAUCGUGGACACGCCAGGGUUCGGAGAUGCUGUGGAUAACAGUAACUGCUGGCAGACCGUCAUCGAUCACAUCGACAGCAAGUUUGAGGAUUACCUCAACGCAGAGUCACGUGUCAAUCGACGCCUGAUGCCUGACAGCCGAGUGCACUGCUGUCUGUACUUCAUCGCCCCCUCUGGUCAUGGACUGAAACCACUGGAUAUUGAGUUCAUGAAACGGUUACAUGAAAAAGUGAACAUCAUCCCACUCAUCGCCAAAGCAGACACACUGACUCCUGAGGAGUGCCAACAGUUCAAGAAGCAGAUAAUGAGAGAGAUCCAGGAACACAAGAUCAAAAUCUAUGAGUUCCCAGAGACUGAUGACGAGGAGGAGAGCAAACUAGUCAAGAAGAUUAAGGACCGUCUGCCGCUGGCUGUGGUGGGCAGUAACACCAUCAUCGAGGUCAAUGGGAAGCGUGUACGGGGCAGGCAGUACCCCUGGGGCGUGGCAGAAGUGGAGAAUGGGGAGCACUGUGACUUCACAAUCCUUCGAAACAUGCUCAUCAGAACUCACAUGCAGGACCUGAAGGACGUGACCAACAACGUCCAUUACGAGAACUAUCGCAGCAGGAAACUGGCCGCGGUCACUUACAACGGCGUCGACAACAACAAAAACAAAGGCCAACUCACAAAAUCUGACACAGUUGAUGGCAUGAGCCCACUGGCACAGAUGGAGGAGGAGAGGAGAGAACAUGUGACGAAGAUGAAGAAGAUGGAGAUGGAGAUGGAGCAGGUGUUUGAGAUGAAGGUCAAGGAGAAGAUCCAGAAACUCAAAGACUCUGAGGCAGAGCUGCAGCGGCGUCAUGAACAGAUGAAGAAGAACCUGGAGGCCCAGCAUAAGGAGCUGGAGGAGAAGAGACGUCAGCUCGAGGAGGAGAAGGUCAGCUGGGAGGCCCAACAACGCAUUCUGGAGCAGCAGAAGCUGGACGCUUCCAGGACCUUGGAAAAGAACAAAAAGAAGAAGAUCUUUUAAACCACUUGGACCAUCAUCACAUCCUAGUUGCCAAUUAAACCAGUCUGUCGACCAAAACCAUACAUUUAUAUAAAGCCCCAUGUUUUUUUAUGUUUUUGUGUUGUUGUGGGGACGCCUCACUGACCUGGAAACACUUAACUCUAUCCAUCCUUUAGGCUCUUUCUCCACAUCUAAAGCGUCGGUUCAUUUGCCAGACCUCACAGAAACUGAGAGCGCCUAAUCUAAAACAAAUAAAACAUACAAACUUCUCAGAGAUAUGCAAUAUUGUUUGAAAUGAUAACCUCUUAGGACUUUGAAUUUGUAAUGCGUCAAAUUCCCCUCCUGCAUCGCGUGUUUGUUUAGUGCUUUUAGAUCCGAGGUCACGAUUGAUUGGCCACGUCAAUAAAGGCUGAAUCUUACCUCAGGCAUUUCUGGCCUUUAAACGGCAACCUUUUUUUGUGGCUUCUUCUUUUCCCUUCCUGAAAUGUUAAGCUCUCCAAUAUUUGUGUAAUUUAAAUUAUUUAGCCAUGGACCUUAGCCAUUCAUGAAAUGUGUUUGUUUUUUUUUCAGUUACCAUUAUUUUGUCAAUUUCCAGUUCACUGUUUGUUUGUUUUAAGUGCUUGUGCAUUUACACAUCUUUAUGAAUGUCACAUGAUUUGUCCAUGGAUCCUCCUGUAAUGACGAGCUGUACCACAUUAUGUGAAUGGAGGAUUCAUCACACAUGGUGGGCAUUUGUAAGUGAUCUGUUGAUGUCUGUUGGCUUCCAGCGGGUGUGUUUCCUGCUCCUGCUCAUGUAAACUGAUUCAGGAACAGUGAGCUGGCGUUCUUGGCCAGUUGAUGUGUGUUUUUCUCUCUAUAGGCACGAGUUCCCAUCAGAGCUGACACUUAGCUCUCGGUCAUGUACUUCUGCAACUUUUUUGUUAAUUUUGUUUCUCUUUGUUUUGCUUUUUCAUUUUCAUUGUACAAAGUCACAUAAUAAACUUGUGAUGAUUCCA